AUGGACACGUACAUCGCAGAGAUACGCAAGCUCGAGAACAAGUUUUCAGGCCUGGAAAUUCAUCAUGUGAUCCGCGACAACAACGUGGGGAUGGAUGUGCUCUCGAAGCUGGGCUCCGAUCGAGCAAAUGUCCCACUAGGAGUUUUUGUCCACGAGCUACAUCACCCAUCCAUCAAGAUACCAGAUCAAAGCAUCAUCAUCCAGGGUCCAAUAGAACCUGAUCGAGAGGUCGUGAUGAUCAAGGUUGACUGGCAGGUGACUUUUAUCGACUUCAUCAAGGAGCACAAACUACCCCCCGGCAUCAACAAGAAGAGCAACGAGGCUGCAUGCAUCUUAAGGUGGAGCAAAGGGUACGUUCUGGUCGGUGACAACCUAUACAAAUGUUGA